UGUGUGUGUGCCCAUUGUUUGGCAUCGUCGUCGUCGUUGUCGCCGCGGUCGGUCGUCUCUUAACCUAUUCCAAAUGAAAAAAGAGCACCUCAGAGAGCGGCACGAACACACACAGGAGGAACAUUUCCUGUCGCCAUCGGCCAUCGUUUUGGCUCUUUAUCUGCUUCUUCUUACCCUUCUUUUCCCACAUUGAACAUUUUCUUACGCUGCGGUAACAACAACAACAACAGCAACAGCAACAACAAAUAACAGCAAUCGAAAAACAUUAAUUUGUUAGGGUUGAUUUUUCACCACGUGGUGGCACACGGAGACGGCGGCACACAUACACACUAAAAAAAAAAUUAAAUAAAAUAAAAUAAAGUCAAAGAGUCGUAGAAAAGGGCAAAGAAUUAGCAAAAGAAAACAUAAAACAUAUAAUUAAAUAAAGAAGUCAUCAGUUGAUGGUUUAUUUGUGAGAGGCACAGCUCCUUCGAAGGCACACACCCCAGCGAUAUGAUGGCCAUACAGACUAUCCACGUACAAAAUGGUGGCGGCGGCGGAUGUGAGGUGCAAUCGAAUGGAGUGACCACCAAUGGGCACCACCAUCAUAAUCACCACAACAGCCACCACAGCAGCAGCAGCGGCGGAGGCAGUGGCAGCAGUAGCAAACAUAAAUCCUCCAGCAAGGACAAGCACCGUGAUAAGGACCGCGAACACAAGAGUUCCAGUUCCAGCUCGUCGAAGGAUCACAAAAGCAGCAGUCGCGACAAGGAUAAGCACAAGAGCAGCAGCAGCAGCAGCUCCUCGUCAAAGCAUAGGGACAAGGAGCGCGAGGGUGGCGGCAGCAGCAGCAGCACCAGCAAUUCGCACCGCAGCAGCUCAUCGUCCAGUCACCGGGACAAAGAUGGAAGCAGCAGCAGCAAGCACAAGUCGUCAUCAUCAUCGUCUUCUGGGCACCACAAGAGCUCGUCCCGCGAUAAGGAGCGACGGGACAAGGAUAAGGACAAGGAUCAUCGCAGCAGCAGCAGCAGCUCCUCGAGCCGCGACAAGCAUCGCGAUCGCGAUCACAAAUCGUCAUCUUCGUCGUCAAGCUCCCGUGAUAAGGAGCGCAGUCACAAAAGCUCCUCGUCCUCCUCAUCGAAGAGCAAACAUUCCAGUUCGCGUCACAGCUCCUCCUCACAGUCGAAGGAUCCUUCCUAUGAUGGUGUGUUCGUAAAGCCGGAGCCCGUCUCACAGCCAGCGCAUGACCACAUCAACCACACAGCAGAUCUCUUCCAUCUGCAGCACCAGCAACAGCAACAGCAGCAGCAGCAGCAGCUGCUGGAUGUCCCCGAUUCUGCACUCUGCAAUGGCCUUAGCAGCGGCAGCAGCAGCGGCGACCUCGGCGGCCAUGUCCCUGGCAGCGGCGUCGGUGGCGGUGUCUAUAAAAACGGAUACGAGGAGAAUGUUAUGGUUAUCAAAAAGGAGGAUGAGAGCUUCAAUCUGUCGCAGGCCAGCUCCUGUGACUACUCCAUGUCCCAGUUCCGAGCCGAUGAGCCACCGUUCACAGUCAAGCAUGAGGAUAGUACCUACAACGAGGAAGAUAGUACCAUGAACGAUAACGAUAAUGAUAACGAUGAGGAUGAGGAGAUGGCCGUCGACGAAGAUGCCGACGAUGACGAGGAGGAUGUGCCCCUGGCCAUGCGCAAGCGCAAGCAGGAGGCACCCGAUCACAGCCAGAGCCACAGCCACAGCAGCAGCCACAGGGCCCACCAUGAUGGUAACGAUGACGAUGAUGACAUUCCCCUGCUGGCGCGCAAGAAGGUCAAAAAGGAGCACAAAGAGAAGUCCAACAAAAAGAAGCGUAUCAAAGAGGAGGCCGACGACGAUUACGGCAGCAGCAAGCACAAAAAAAAGAAAAUCAAGAAGGAGUCUUCCGAGAUCAAGACCGAAGUUGUGUCUCCCACCAAGCGCAAGGGUGCCAAGGAGGAGGAGGAAGAGGUGUGGAGAUGGUGGGAGGAGGAGAAGCGCGAAGAUGGCGUCAAAUGGUCAACGCUGGAGCAUAAGGGACCGGUAUUUGCACCGCCGUACGAACGUGUGCCUCGCAAUGUGCGCUUCUUCUAUGACGGGCGACCGUUGGAUCUGUCCGAGGAGACGGAGGAGGCGGCCACCUUCUAUGCGAAGAUGUUGAAUCAUGAUUACUGCACCAAGGAUAUAUUCAACAAUAAUUUCUUCAAGGACUUCCGCAAAUCGAUGACGUCCAAGGAGAAGGAGAUAAUCAAAGACUUCCGCAAAUGUAAUUUCCAAGAGAUGCACGAAUACUUCCAGGCCGAGUCCGAGAAGCGUAAGCAAGCGACCAAGGAGGAGAAGCUGGCCAAAAAGAACGAGAACGAGGCCCUGAUCAAGGAGUAUGGCUUCUGUAUGAUCGACGGCCAUAAGGAAAAGAUCGGUAACUUUCGUUUGGAGCCUCCAGGUCUGUUUCGCGGUCGCGGCGAACAUCCAAAGAUGGGGAUGAUCAAGCGCCGCAUCGGCGCCUCUGACGUUUCGAUCAACUGUGGAAAGGAGUCAAAGGUGCCCCCGCCGCCGCCGGGCUCGCGAUGGAAGGAGGUGCGACACGACAAUACCGUCACCUGGCUGGCGUCCUGGAUCGAGAAUGUCCAGGGACAGGUCAAGUACAUUAUGCUGAAUCCGUCGUCAAAGCUGAAGGGCGAAAAGGAUCACAUCAAAUACGAGACGGCGCGCCGAUUGGACAAGUCCAUUGAUAAGAUUCGUGCCACCUACCGCGACGAAUGGAAAUCGAAGGAGAUGCGUGUGCGACAGCGGGCCGUGGCCCUGUACUUCAUCGACAAGCUGGCGCUGAGAGCGGGCAACGAGAAGGACGAGGAUCAGGCGGACACCGUUGGCUGCUGUUCGCUGCGCGUCGAGCACGUUCAGCUGCACAAGGAGCUGAACGACAAGGAGAAUGUGGUCGUGUUCGACUUUCCCGGCAAGGAUUCCAUACGCUAUUACAACGAGGUCGAGGUGGAGAAGCGCGUCUUCAAGAACCUCGAGCUCUUCAUGGAGCACAAGAAGGAGGGCGACGAUCUAUUCGAUCGCCUCAAUACCCAAGUUCUGAACGAGCAUCUCAAGGAGCUGAUGGACGGACUCACGGCCAAGGUGUUCCGCACAUAUAACGCAUCGAAAACGCUCCAAAACCAACUGGAUUUGCUCACCGAUCCGAGUGCGACGGUGCCAGAGAAACUGCUCACCUACAAUCGGGCCAAUCGUGCCGUUGCCAUUCUGUGUAACCAUCAGCGCUCCGUGCCGAAGGGCCAUCAAAAGUCCAUGGAGAAUCUAAAGGAGAAAAUACGCGCCAAGCGCGAUGCCAUCGAUGAUUGCGAGUCCGAAUACCAUGAUUUGAAAAAGGCUGCCAAGCGCGGCUCGGUCAAGGAGAAGGUGAAUGCCGACAAGAAGGGCAAGCAGCUGGAGCGUCUGAAGGACCAGCUUAAGAAAUUGGAACUACAAGAGACUGAUAGAGACGAGAAUAAGACCAUUGCCCUGGGCACAUCUAAACUAAAUUAUCUCGAUCCACGCAUAUCGGUGGCUUGGUGUAAAAAGAAUGGAGUACCGAUCGAGAAGAUCUUUAACAAAACGCAAAGAACCAAAUUUCUGUGGGCCGUGCACAUGGCCGAUGAGAAUUAUCGUUUUUAAAUAUAUACUUCUCCUCCGAAUAUCCACACAUACCCACACCCACACCCACACCACCUACUCACACGCACUACACACACACACAUAUGCAUAGACAGUGCAGGAUAAGGAUAAAUCCCUAGCCAAAACCAUGCCCACCAGGGACACCAGGAACACUAGGAACACGCCACAAGGGACAACCGGAACGGACACGGGUGUUUUAUGCAAACUGUAAUGCAUAUUGAUGGGUAUCCUGUCCAGGGGAUGUGUUUGGUGUUUCGUCUGUUUGGCCCCCCCAACUCCCCUCCCCUCCCCCAUCCCUGGUUAUUUUUUUAUUUCAAAAAGUGCGCCACUCCGCUGAAGUUUAACUUGCGAAUCGUCGUACACUAACUACCCCCCACUACCCCCCACACACACAGACAGACACACGAGCUCACACUUUUAUAUAGAUAUACUACAUAUAUAUUCUAUAUAUAUAUGGUAUGUGCAUGUGGGCGUAUUCGAUAAUCAGAAGAAAAAAAACAACAAAAAACUUAAUUUAAAAGCAAACUUUUUGUAAAUGGAUGUCAACAUUCGGUCGUCAUCCGGUGUCGUCUGCUGUCUUGUAACAAACAAACAACAAAAAAGAAAGCAAAAGAACAUAAUUUUUCUAUGUUAAGCCUUUAAGAAAAAUAAACUUUUUUUUAAAAUAGGUCUUCAGCGUACGCAUAAUUAAUAUAUUAUUUAAAUUUUAUCAAUAUGCAUUAAGUAUAAUCACAUAUAUGAUAAAAUGAAACAAUUACAAGUUUUUUUUAUGUUUACCUAUAGUUGAUUUUUGUUUAGCAAAAGAAAUGUCCUUUUUCACUAUUAAAUAUAAACGAUUCGAUUACGAUUCAUACGGACUAUGUAUUAAGUGCAAAGCGAACAGUUCGACAGAGGGAGAGACAGACAGAGAGAGAGAGAGAGAGAGAGAGAGGGAAAGAGGAGAGCCGUGUAGCCCAAAACAUUUUAGCAUAGCAUAAUUUAUUCAAUUGAAAAUGAAACAAAAACUACAAAAAAAAACAAAGAAGUUCUCGUAAGCAAGAAAUCCAAGAAAAACAAAAAUUGUAUCGAUAAUUGAUCAGUUCAACGGUGCGCCAAUCAUCGUUGAUUGAUUCGAUGGAAUGCACCGAUUAUUUUGUACCUUAAUCAUUUUAGUAAAAAAAAAAAAAGAAAACAAAAAAAAAACACUGUAAUAAACGAAAGAACAAUUCUUUUGCAAAACAAAACUUUUUAAUAAUUUAAGUGAGAACCGAAACUGCUUUACAUACACCCCCGCCCCCCCACACACACACACACACAGACACAGAUUUAUAUAAAUACAAACAUGCAUAAACAUAAAUUUAGACAGGUUUCAAAUACUCUUCUGUUUCGAAAUCCAACCCAAAAUCAACAGAGUUCAUAUUGUAUACUUUAUAGAUCGUUUUUAGCAUGUGCAAUUAGACGGAGGAAAAUAUACUUAGAAUAUUUGGGGUAAAGUGUGAGAAGUAAAUCAAACUUCCAGGGUCAAACAAUCAUGCCAGGCUCUGACCAGCCCAAAAAGCUUGUUCUUUGUUUUUUGAAUUUCAUAUUGAGAGAACCGCUUAGUCCGGUCCAUCCCGGGCAUGGCUGUGCCUUGGCAGCGAGAACACACAGACACCUCGUCCCCCCCCAUCCAUCCAUCAUAUGAUUUAUGAUGACGUUUUGUAUGUAGUACUGUACUGUAUUUAAAAUUACUCAAAACAAAAAAAAACCAAAAGUGAAAAAAGUGGUUAGAAAGCAGGAGUCGGUCGGCACUUGGGCUGCUGUUGAAGUCUUGGAAUCGUUCUCCUACUCCUUUUGAUUGCUUGUGUGCGAGUCCAGGCCCGCCCCCCCUUUAGCAUAAAUAAAAAAAAAAGGAUUUAUA